AUGCGUCUAUCCAGUCUAUCGCUCUUCAUCCAGGCUCUGCUGUUGACUGCGGUCGCAGCCCAGAGUGCUGGUGUCUCCAACAUCGUAUCGGAUGUCACAUCUCAGACCACCUCGUCCUCUACUUCCGAAGCGCCUGAAACCACAUCGACGACUUCAUCAUCCUCCUCCACAACCUCUGAAGAGACUUCUACGGAACCAACUACUACAUCCGAGCCUACUACCACCUCGACUUCUUCCACCACCGAACCUACCACCACCGAUUCUACCACCGAGCCUACCACCUCAGCAGAGCCCUCUUCUACUUCGGAGCCCACUGUCGCUGCAACCACUUCCAACACUGAGCCCACCUCCGCAACAAGUGCCGGUAGCGAUAGCACCACUUCGUCCCAGAGCACCACCACGACCCAGGCCCCAGUCACGAAGACCAUCACCUCAUACGCGACCAGCGAUGGAUCCACCAUCGCCAACGUGAUUACCACCACCUCCACCCCCGUUGCCGGAACUAGCUCCCCUUCUCUUAACGGCGACAAGAGCUCCGGCUCUAGCGGUGUGUCUUCUUCGGACAAGAAGAUCAUCAUCGGUGUCGUGGUGGGUGUCGGCGGUGCCAUCAUUAUCGGUGCUCUGGGCUUGGUUUUCUGGAGAAUUCAGAAGAAGCGCAACGAGCAAUACGGCGAUGAGGACGAUCUGAUGGGCGGCACUGCUGUGGGCUCCGGUCCCCGCGAGAAGGCCCCCAGCCCAUCUGGCAACACCCCCUUCAAGAACACACUAGACCAGUAUCACAACCCUGGUCCUGUCAACGCGGCAUCGAACUUCUAA